AUGGCAUAUACACAAGCCGAGCUAACCGGCUACUUCGACCGUGUUAACCUACCUAACGACAUCCGCGAUGCCCUAUUAGCGGGUAGCAACCGCCUAGAGGCGCUAACCUGUCUUCUCCAUCACCAUCUGGCCGCUGUUCCCUUCGAAAAUACAGUUCUUCACUAUACCGCCGACCGCCUCCUAGUUCUUAGCCCGUCGUUAGUAUAUAAGAAGAUCGUUCGGCGCCGACAAGGCGGGACCUGUUUCCAGAUCACUCGCUUAUUCGGCGAAGUGUUGCUGGCCCUGGGGUUUGAACUGUACAUGAGCGGAGCACGGACGAACAGAUCGGCCAGCGUGGCAGCGCAAGACAAGAACCCUGGCCGCGGGAAAUUUGGAGAUUGGUAUUUCUUUCUCAUCAUGGGAAUAGAUGGGAAUGACUACCUCGUGGACGCAGGAUUCGGCCCGAAUGGCCCGGUUGGCCCUGUCCUGCUUCGAGAUGGACUCGAAUUUACUGACGGUGACGGGAAUCUCGGACGACGAGGCAGACUUGUUCAUGCCCCGAUUGACCAGGGUCGUGCCAGACAUCUCAAGUACUGGCGGCUGCAGUUCCUGUCUGGCAGCAGCCCAGAUUGGGUGGACGUAUAUGCCUUCACGGAGAGCGAGUGGCUUGAAAGUGAUUACCAAGCUGUAGAGCGUGCGGUUCGGGGUAACAAACGAGCUUGGUUUAUGUACCGAGUGAUUGCAUUUCAGAUCGUCCUGAAAAACAGGAGACCCGUCGGAUGGGUGAUGAUUUGGGAUGACGCUCUGAGUUGGUUCCAAGGAGGCAAAUUGUCACGGCGAAUAAGGUUCAGAUCUGAAGAGGAGAGGAUUAAUGCGCUAGAGAGUGUGUUCGGGAUUAAGCUGGAAAAUGAAGAGAGGAAAGAGAUUGUUGGGACAGUAGCAUUCCUAUGUGCGAAAGCAAAGAUUUAG